GAGGGAGAGGGAAAUCGCAAACACGCUAGAGAGAGAGAGAGAGAGAGAGAGAGAGAGAGAGAGAGAACGAAGAACCGAUCAAAGCUCUCCUCCUCCCUCCCUCUCGCUCUCGUCGAUCCAUUAUUAUUAGAGCAUCUCCUUCUUCUCUUCCUCCUCGGCGCCAUUGCGAUCUGGGCUUUGGAGUUCUUCGUCGUUUGCCAUGGCCGCGCCACCUGCUAGGGCUCGCGCCGACUACGAUUACCUCAUAAAGCUCCUCCUGAUCGGCGACAGCGGUGUUGGAAAGAGUUGCCUUCUUUUGCGGUUCUCAGAUGGCUCAUUCACCACCAGCUUUAUUACCACGAUUGGUAUUGACUUCAAGAUAAGAACAAUUGAGCUCGAUGGCAAACGGAUUAAACUGCAAAUUUGGGACACAGCUGGUCAGGAACGUUUUCGAACUAUCACAACAGCUUACUAUCGAGGAGCGAUGGGCAUUUUGCUUGUAUACGAUGUCACUGAUGAGUCGUCUUUUAAUAAUAUAAGAAACUGGAUCAGGAAUAUCGAACAACAUGCUUCUGAUAAUGUGAACAAAAUUUUGGUGGGUAAUAAAGCUGACAUGGACGAAAGCAAAAGGGCUGUGCCAACUGCGAAGGGACAAGCACUUGCUGAUGAGUAUGGGAUUAAGUUUUUCGAAACUAGCGCAAAGACGAACUUAAACGUGGAGGAGGUGUUCUUUUCAAUAGCAAGAGAUAUCAAGCAAAGGCUCGCAGAGGCUGAUAGCAAACCUGAGGAUCGGACGAUCAAGAUCAACAAGCCUGAUCAGGCUGGUGCCGAGACCGCAGCAACACAGAGAUCUGCGUGCUGUGGUAGCUGAGAGAAUGAUUUGUGGGCGCAGCAGCAGCGGCAGUGGUGGUGGCUGGGGUCGGGCGAGCGCGUUGUCUAACUCUAUGAGGAACUGAUUUUCUUUUUCUCUUUUUCUUUUUUGAAAAAAAAGAAGGAUAAUGUUUGUUAUAAAUAUAUUGACGACAUUGGUGAUGCUUGUAUUCUUCCCUUUUUCAUUCUUUGCUACUUCUAUAUAUUGCAGUUUUUCUUUUUUUUUUUGAA